AUGGCCUCGACCAGGUUUGAGAGCGGGAUUGAUGAUGCGUCGAAGCCACCGGGGUUCAGCUCAACGCAGCAGCGGCGACAUGGAAACGACAGAUUCGACUUUCAGCGCCAUGUCGACGGCGCAGCUGCGGGCGCAACAGGCGCAUGGGAGUUUGGCAGCGCUCUGGACUCCUUUGUAGACGAUAGAUGUCCUACAAUCUGGAAUUCGUCGGGAAAAGGGGUUUCUCUGCCCAAAGCAAGCAUUGGAAGACCUCUAGACGCGCCUAUCUCGGCGGAAGCCACCAAGCCUGUCGGCGACCUGCGAGAACGAGCAUCUGAUGGAGCGACUUUAUUUGCUUCUGCAAUCGAUCCGGGUGUUACAAAUUGCCCACCACCAUCUAGCGAAACUGCGAGACCUCCGAUCUUCCUCCCACCUCAGCAAGACGCCGCAGACGGCGCGACAUACUUUGCCUCCGCAAUCGAUCCGGGCUCGAGGAGUGAGCCUGCACACGCACGAGAAAACCAGACUCGACUCCUUGUGCCGCAGGAGCUGAAGAAAUUUGCAAAGCGCAAGAAGGCUGACGGGCGUGCUGAAGAAGCUACUGGGUUGGUCUCAGGUAUUGAUGGCGGUACAUGUAUCCGACCGCCAGCCCCCUCGGCUCCAAGUCAUGCCGCCAUCGAUGCCGCUACUUUGGCACCGCCUGACGAAUCGCUGUUGAACGUCCCACGAGCGACUCGAAUCAAGCCUCUCGAUGGUGACCUCCUACGGAAGCUCUUCAAACACACUAUGAACGAGAAGCAGCGCGCCGAAGAGUCGUUUCGACCUGCUCAGGAAGUGAAGGAAUCUUCCCCAUCACGCAAGAUCUCGAAAUCUCCUCAAGGAUUCCACAUUCCCGACCGCCAAGAUUUGCGGAACGCGCGAAAUGCAGCAAAAGCGGGAGAAGAGCGAGCUGCUCGGGAACAAGAAGCUGCCAAACGGCAAGCGGCACAGUCUUCGGCCAGAGAGCCCUCGAAUUCUGGCAGCGCUGUGUCGGUGGGAAGGAGUGAGCGCGUCACUUCAAAGGACCCUACUCGUAUGAUUCGUAUAUUGGCGAAGAGCGGCGAGGAGGCAUUUAUACAGGUGCCAAAUUUCGCGCCGAGCAGGCCACCGUCUACGAAAUCGGAGCCUCCACCACCGCGACAAGAAGCGGAAAAGAAGAAACCAGCAGUUCGAAUUCCGCAUUCCAAGAAGCAAAAGCAAUCUGAGAAGCCGAAUAAGAAACAGGACAAUCCCCAAAAGGAAGAAUCACGACGACGAGCUAAAGCUGCAAAAGUUGCCGCUGAAGCCCUGAUGUCUGGUGCGCUCCCUUCAAAAGAGCACGUCACGUCAGAGCCUGGAUCAGCUCAAGAUUCUGGCGUUGGCUUUGGCUUUGGCAAGGCAGUCUCUGCUCGCUCACAAGCCGGAAGCGUUGCCAGAGCAGAGUCGAGGUCAUCUUCAGCGAAACAUGUAUCUGCAUCCAACAAAACACCUCCAACGAAAGCGCUCUCAGCACAUGGUUGGCAGGAAUUGGCCGAGGCCACUUACAAAGCAGCAGAGCCAAACCCGAAACCACCAUCUCAAGCAUCGCGAACGAAAUCUGCUUCUGUCGCCGAAUGGUUGGAGUUUGACGCGCCCGCGCCGGCGACCUCAGUAAAGCCACCGUCGGAAAAACGUUAUCAGACAGAUUGGCAAGAGCUUGGUGAAGGUAAGCAGCAAGCAGAGUCCAACCGCAGUAUGCACGUGGCUUCUGUACACAGUUUUCAAUCGAUUGGCGAAGGCUGGGCAAAGGAGCAGAACGCCGGAGCGCGCUCAGUAAAGCCACCAUCACCCUCGGCUGAAAGCGUGAAAACACGAUCUCAGACUGGAUGGGAAGAGAUUGGUGAAGUCGAGAAGCACGCUGCGUCCAACCGCAGCGUGGUAUCUUUACGCAGUUUUCAACCGAUGGGCGAAGGUAAGCAGCACGUCGGCUCCGCCAAGUGGCCGCAUCGAGAGUCCAACCGCAGCAUGAUGUCUUUACGCAGUUUUCAAGCGAUUGACGGAGGCUGGACGCAGGAGCAGAACGCCGGAGCGCCCUCGGUGCGGAAUUUCCGUCAGGACGAUGCUGCCUGGAUGGACGGAAACGCUUCGAAGCAUUCUUUGGGCACGGGACGUUCACGUAUUGCUUCUGCGAAUCGAAGUCGAGCUUCUUUUCCAGGUUGGCAGGAGAUGGAGAUGCCCCCAGACCGCACUCCGGAUGCUGCAGUAUCGAUACGCUCGCGUAUUGCUUCUGCAACUAGAAGUCAGGCUUCGUUCCAAGGAUGGGAGGAGAUGCCCCCAGAACGCACUCCGGAUGCUGCAGUAUCGAUGCGCUCGCGUAUUGCUUCUGCAACUAGAAGUCAGGCUUCGUUCCAAGGUUGGGAGGAGAUGCCCCCAGACCGCACUCCGGAUGCUGCAGUAUCGACGCGCUCACACCCGUCGAACAUUCAGUCCCGACAGGCCUCAAAUCGCGCGAGUCGGAGCAUUGAGAGACACGCUCCGCCCCUGGUCCAUCUCGACGAAGCGUCUCCACAACUCUCUCAUGCGUGGGCACAGCGGGAUGCGCAGGACAUUGAACCUUGGCCACAAUACGGAGAACUGCACCGUUCUUCGCCAUCUCCAAGCCGAGUUCCGCUUCCGCGCUCGGUGUCUGUCUCACAGGACAGUCACCACACAGAAGCUGGACUAGAAUUUCAGCUUCCGCCAAGACGCACCAACACUGUCUCGCACCACUUCGAACACUCCGUCCAUGCAUCGUCAGUCCGUAGUCAGCCGCGCAGGAAUCAGAUCUCGAUGCACUCCCUCAGCGCACACGAGGAAUCAGAUCGCAUUGUACCCCAAGGCGAGGAUGAGCCCCUCCCGCGACUCACAGCGCAUGCCGGCAGAGGCUGGAUCACACCGCACCCGCUAAGUCCCACCUCAUCCAUCGCCGGCCCUCAAUCCAAAGUCAUCUUGCCCAGCGACGCACAUCCAAAUGGCCGUACAUUGACCUACGACGAAUGGAAAGAAAUGCAAGAGCGAGGUUUGCGCCUUCACCGCAACAUCUCGAUUACAGAGAGCAGCAAGACCAAAAAUGGGAUUUUUCAAGAUGAAAGAUAUCUGCGUCCGGGAUGGGAGGGGCAUGAUCGUGAGGGACCACCCGAACCUGAAGAAGCUGCCGAGCACGUCUCAAGACCUCCUGGAAGACCGAGUCAUUAUCAUUCUCCGACUGUGCGGAGUGAGGGUAGUGAGAGAAGUGUCAUGAUGCCAUCAGCCCAUGCUCAAACCUUUCAGCGGAGUCAGGAGCCUUGCGAGAGACUGUGGGAGGAGAUGGAAGAGGGUGUAGCUGGAUUCGCGAUGCCGGUGUCUCAUGCAGAAUCUGGUGGAUCGGCACGUGCUGAAAUGCAGCAGGAUAUCGACAGACCGGCUUCUACGGUAGCAUCCUUUCGAAGUGGUCGCUGGUAG